AUGUCUUAGAACUAAAUACGUUCCUAUCUCCCAAUUUUUAAAUCAGGUUAUUUUAUUUUAGCUGGAGAAGUAUUUCUCCAAGUUAGAGAUUACAGGGAAUCUUUGGAGUCAUUUGCUCAAAAGAGUAUUUAUCCUCUGUUAUAAACUCAAGUAAUAUUCUAUAAUAAAUCAAAAUUUAAAAACAUAAUUGAAGGUUCCUAGAAUUUAGUCACUUAGUAUUUGGUCAAUUUUUGUCUGUGGACAAAAAAGUUAAGUCCCGCAUAAUAAGGAAAUUCAGUUUAUUGUUUACAAUUCAAAAGUAUAAAUAUUUAUGAAGAUAGGCUAGUGA